UAAAACAAAUCGUUCAGAAAUCGCGUGGAAUUUGACGAAAACAUAACGAAACCCUGAAACACGAAAACGUUUCGUUCCAACGCGUCUCUUGCGUCUUCUGCAUUGCCAUGAUCACUUUCCUCUCUUCAAGCCAAGAAUAUAUGUAGUGCUCCACGCAUACUCCAAUUACCUAUUUCUUCCAUCUCCGAUUCUUCAAUUACGCUCUUAGAUCUACACAAAAUUCUACCCUUGUGUUUGGAAAAAGCAAGUGUUGGCGCAAAUUGGGUAAUUGAUUUGUGGGGUGAGACGUGACAUACUGACACCUCUGCAAAUUGGGAAACUGUAGUGAUGGAUCUCGAUGGAGGAAGUUCAUCAACCAUCAGCACAGGUGCACGGGCAAUUCCAGGACGCCCUGUGCGACAUGGUGCACUCUAUCAGUUUACACAGCAGAAUCUUCCAGCAUGUAAACCUGUCCUUACACCUGCAGCAGUUAGUUCUUUUACAAUACUUAAAUAUUUUAUGGUGCCUUGUUCUAAAAAAUGUGUAUUCUAAAUCUCAAUCAUAUUUUUUGCAGGUCAUUUCCACAUUUUUAUUGAUGGGCUUCAUUUUUAUUCCUGUUGGACUUGUUACACUUCGUGCAUCGUAUAGUGUUGUUGAAAUUGUGGACAGAUAUGACAUUGAAUGUGUACCUGAAGAAUAUAGAAGUAACAAGGUAGCAUAUGUAAAAGAUGACUCAGUCUCCAAAAAUUGUUCCCGAUUCUUGAAGGUGCCUAAGUCAAUGAGAGCGCCAAUUUUUAUCUAUUAUCAGCUUGAUAACUAUUACCAGAACCAUCGACGAUAUGUCAAAAGUAGAACUGAUCGGCAGCUCUUACAUGGACUUGGAUACAAUGAUACCAGUUCUUGUAGACCUUUAGAGUCUUCUGAUGAUCUUCCCAUUGUACCCUGCGGGUUGAUAGCAUGGAGUUUAUUUAAUGAUACAUAUAAGUUCAGUCGUGGACCAUCGGAAUUGAAGGUUAAUAGGAAAGACAUUGCAUGGAAGAGUGAUCGCAAUCACAAAUUUGGGAAGCAUGUUUACCCGUUUAAUUUUCAGAAUGGUACCUUGACUGGAGGUGCAAAGCUGGAUCCUACUAUUCCUCUAAGUGAUCAAGAAGAUCUCAUAGUUUGGAUGCGGACUGCUGCUCUCCCCACCUUCCGAAAGUUGUAUGGUAGAAUAGAAGAGGAUUUGGAAGCAGAUGAUGUUAUAGUAGUCAACCUCAAGAAUAACUAUAAUACUUACAGUUUUGGAGGAAAGAAGAAGAUUGUUCUAUCAACAUCAAGCUGGCUGGGUGGAAAAAAUGACUUUCUUGGAAUUGCCAAUUUAUUUGUUGGCAGCUUUAGUAUAUUGAUCUCCAUUAUCUUCCUGGUGCUUCAUCUGAAAAGUCCCAGGCAGACCUUAUGGAGACACAGCCUACGCAUCUUGGAAUAAGAAGAGCAUUUCCAGCUGACAAGGUACAUCGAGAUAUAUAUUCUUGUAACUAAAGCUAUUGGAUUUGAUUGUCGAUACAUGGUGAAACUCGAGAUAUAUAUUCGUAGUGAAACUCUGAUACAUGUUUUUGUCCAAAAAAAGCUAUUGUAACCUGUUGUAUUUAAUUGUAAAUGGUAAAGCAGAGUAAACAUCUGAGUUUAAUUAUAACUAGUGCCCCCGGGGCACUAGUUAGCAUUUGCCUUAUAUAAUUUAGCCAACAUUUUUCUUGGUUCUAGUUUGUCGGUAGGAGUGAAAGGAACUUAUGUUAUUCCUAUAUCAAUUGGUGUAAAAUGCUUUAGAUUGCCUUCAAAAUAUCUAAACUAUUUCUUGUAAUGGUUAAA